AGCCUGCAUUGUUUAAGAUUGAGCUGAGACAUGGAGAGUUCAGCUGGGUGAUCAAGAGAAAGGAGAAACACUUCAUGGACCUCCACAGAGAACUGGUCCGAUACAAGAUGUUCAUGAGGGUACCGCUACCUUCCCGCAGCCACACAACGAGGAGGAGGACAAUGAAGAAGAGUGAAGCCCAGACAUAUGCCGGAGCUACCGCGUGGCGGAGAUGAGUUGGCACAAGACGAACAGGUCUACAGCAGAAGGAAACAGCUGGAAGAUUAUCUGAACAAGCUACUAAGGAUGGCCAUGUACAGGAAAUACUACCAUACUAUGGAGUUUAUAGACGUCAGCCAGAUGUCCUUCAUCCAUGACCUGGGACCUAAAGGACUGGAGGGGAUGAUACACAAGCGUUCUGGAGGUCAUCGUAUCCCAGGCUUGAACUGCUGUGGUCACAGUGAAGUCUGCUACCGCUGGUCUAAACG